AAUGAGUCUGGUGGUUAAUAGAUGGCUGGACCAGUACCCGAUUUUGGGUUAUGAGGAAGUGGAUGUGUGGCUGGGGUGUUUCUUCUCAGGGUGAACAUUUGGGUUGCUACUGAGGUAUUAUGGACAGACUGGGACAGCGAUAAAGGAACUGAAGGAGAUAGACCUUGAGAGAGAUGAUUUAUAUAGCUUAUUUGCACAUUUAGAUUUGAGGAAACCAAUUCCUGUAAAGUUGCAAGGAGUUGCAAUAACUGCUUCUACAAUGAAAGAGAACAAAUUUGUCCAAAAAGAAGCACUAAAGAAUAUUCCACCAAAGCUUUUGGCUGGAAGAUAUCCUAGUGAGGAAACUCCUGCAGUUCCCAGAGAAAUUGCUAAAUUUUACAACGAGAGGGAUAAUUCACUAUAUGGGUCAGGACAAGUCAGAAUGAGCAUGAAUGAUUUUUACUUGGUUUCCUCAGAGAAAACUCAACCAAAAAUAUAUGUAAAAAAUAAUGAAGGAGAAUAUGUUAAUCUUAGAUAUCUCAAAGCAAAUGAUGAAGACUACUACAAAAGUGUUAUAAGAAAGUCUCCGACUUAUAGCAUUCUUGAGAAAUCUCAAUUUGAACAAGUGAGGAGGGUUCUUGUAGAAGGAGAGAUAAUCACUCUUGGAGGAUAUCUACACUACAAUUAUAAAGAAGAUGAGUUCCAGAUCAGUCACCUCAUAUCAGUAGCGGCUGGAUAUGCUGAUAAAAUGUUUAAGAAUGGCUUAAAACUAUACAAUGGGAGAAAGAAAGAGAUUUUAAAAUAUAUUGGCAUCUUUGCAGGAAUUUCAAUUUUGUUCUUUUAUUUGGGCUAUCAAAGAAGUGAGAUUUUCAGUAAUUUUAGGCCAAUAUACAUUAAUCACAGCUCAGAGAUGCCAAGAGGAAUUAGCAGAAAAUGGUCCAAUUGAAGAUGGAGGAUGUACAAAUUGCAUGUACUACAGAGCUACAGUAAUUUUCCUCCCAUGCUAUCACAUCAAAGUCUGCGAAAUGUGAAGCAGAACGAUUUCAACUUGUCCUACAUGUAGAGGUGGCCCUGACUAUACAACCACUGGGAAAAUCUUUACCACUUCCAUAGACUAACCCUAUUCCUCCACUAAACAU